AUGUCAAAAAUUUUAAUUUCGAAAAAUGAAAGUUUUGAACAAUUUGUUAUUUUUUCGGGAGGAGUUCCUGAUGAUUUGGAAUGUCAAAAUCCAAUUUGUAUUUUUUGUGGAGACAAUUCUUUGAUACUCAAUUUUGACAGUGAAAUUAUUAAUUUUGAAAUUUUUGAAGAAGAAGGAGUAGCAAAAGCUUUAUUUGUAUUAUGUCAAGAUGAAUUAGUAGCUAUAGACUUGAAAGAUUCUUUGUGGAGAAUGUUUUCAUUACCUUAUUUAUACCCAAUACAUUCUUCUCCCGUUACUUGUGUUUUGGCAAUUUCUGAUAUUUCUGAACAAAUUUUAUCACUUUUUGAACAAAUAUCAAUUGAAAGGAAAAAUUCUUCAAAAAUAUUUUCAUCAAAUAAAUGGCCUCUUGAACGAUUCGGAGAAGACCAAAUUACCUCGAAAAGCGUGGAUCAAGAUUCUUUUUUAAUUAUAACAGGACAUGAUAACGGCAAUGUUUGUGUUUGGAAGGCAAACGAUUUAAAUUUUAAUUUAUUACUUGUUUGUAAUACUGCAAAAGAGUUUGAAGGUUAUCAAUCAGAAGAAGAAAAUCCUCAAAAGGAUGAAGAGAAUAAUAAAAAUAUUAAACAUAUUCCACCUAUUCGAAAGGGAGGAAUAUUUGAUCCUUUUUCUGAUGAUCAUCGUCUUUGUGUACAAAAAAUUUAUUUUGAUUCAAAAAGUGGAACAUUUGCAGUUGGGGGACAGGCAGGACAAUUAAUGGUUUUUGAGACUUUGUGGAAAAAGACUUCACCGGCUAAUCAACUACUUUUAAUUGACAUGACUAGUGGAAAUAACACAGAAAAUUUAAAAGCUAGUGAAUCUGCUAUUCAACCUAGAAAUUCUCCAUUAAAUUAUGAACACGGAUUUUGUCUUUAUAACAAUGUAAUAGCCCAAUUUAAACCUCCGAUCCCAGUAACGGCAAUUUCCUGGAAUUUUAAUUUGGGCGUAUUAGCUGCUGGAAAUGAAUUUGGUUAUGCUGUUUGUUCAAUUAGAGAACGAAAAUUGCUUUUAAUUAAGACUUUAAUGUCUUCUCAAGAUGUACUUCAAAUUUCAAACAAAGAUAGCGCUCUUUCUCGUUUUAAAAGUGUUAAGAAGUCAAUAAGGCAGUCUUUUAGAAGGAAGAAACAAACUGCAGAACAAAUAGAAAAUGGAGGAAUCAUAUCAGCACAACAAAAUAGGCAUCGUCAAGAGAGGGAAAUUACACAGAGAUCACGUAAUCCAAAUGCCUUAGAUGGAGAAACACCAAAUUCUCUGAUUAAAAUACUCAAUUUUGAGACAUGUAUUCUCACCCCAUUUAAUACUCAUCAAGAAGUAUAUCUUUUUGUUGGGACACAAGGUGGUGCUGUUCUAAUUCAUUUAAUUCGGCCAGAUGCUUGUGUGAAUACUGAACGUUGUCAAUUAAUUAAAGAAAUUCGUUUGCGACAUCAUGCUCCCAUUGCUGCAAUUGAAUUGCUUCAUCAACAACCAAACUCGAGACUCCUAAUUUUUAGUGAAGAACAAAUUCGAUCAUUUACAAUGCCAAAUCUAAAAUCUUUUACUUUCAAAUAUAGACUGACAGCAAUUGAAGGUUCAAGAAUUAGAAAAGCAACAACAGUUUUACUAAACAAUGAAACCAAAUAA